AUGUUGAUUGACUCUGGCUCUAAACAUAACCUGAUAGACGAUACGACAUGGGAGCUGAUGAAACUUCGGGACGUCAGGGUUUCAAAUGAACGUAUGGAUAAAACCAAACAGUUUCUGGCUUAUGGAAAAUUACCACUGAAAUUGGUGACAGCUUUCGAUGCAGUGUUGGAGAUUGACGAUGUUGGCAAAGUAUUGAAAACCGAAACUACGUUUUACGUGAUUGAGAAAGGACAGCAGCCGUUAUUAGGAAAAGCCACAGCACAGCUGCUGGGAGUCUUAAAGAUUGGCUUACCUAGUCUUCAACAGGAAUCAGUAGGAAGAGUUGAUUCUUUCCGGAAGGCGUUUCCCAAGAUGAAAGGAAUCAAAUUGAGCUUGCCGAUAGAUAGAAGCGUUCCACCAGUUAUACAGCCAUUGCGUCGUUGCCCAAUUCCACUGUUACAAAAAGUGAAAUCGAAAUUAGACGAACUUUUGGAAAAGGACAUAAUAGAGAGGGUAACGUGUCCAACUUCGUGGGUUUCCCCGCUAGUACCGAUAUUGAAAGAAAACGGCGAACUUCGAUUAUGUGUGGAUAUGCGUAGGGCAAACCUGGCUGUGCAAAGACUGAAUCAUCCCCUUCCAAUUAUCGACGACUUUCUACCAAGGUUCAGAAAUGCUCGCUUUUUCACAACACUGGACAUCAUGCAAGCAUUUCAUCAAGUAGAAUUGGAGGAACAUUGUCGUGACGUAACGACCUUCGUCACAAAUUGGGGAUUGUUCCGCUACAAGAGACUUCUUUUCGGUGUCAACUGCGCACCGGAGUUAUUCCAGAACUUAAUGGAAAGUAUUCUGGCUGGCUGUAAAAACACGAUUGUCUUCAUUGACGACAUUAUGAUCUUUGGCGCCACAGAAGAAGAGCACGACUUUGCUGUAAGGCAAACAUUAGCAGUACUAAAACAGUAUGGAAUCAAACUCAACGAUCACAAAUGCAAAUUUAAACAAUCGGAAACAGUUUUUUUGGGGCACAAACUCUCUUCUGAAGGCGUAGCACCAGCAGAUGAAAAAGUCCAUUCAAUACUGAACUUCAGGGCACCUAGGUCUAAAGAAGAACUACGUAGUUUCUUAGGCCUUGUUACGUAUGUUUCCAGAUUCAUCCCAAAUUUGGCUACUUUGAAUUCUUCUCUGCGGGUUCUUAUAAGGCAAGACUCACCAUUCGUUUGGCAGGGAGAACAUCAGGAGUCAUUCGAUCAACUAAAAAAAGUGGUUGGCUCAGUAGAGCAUCUAGGAUACUAUGAUCCGAAAGAUAGAACUUUAGUGGUUACGGAUGCCUCUGGUGUGGGACUUGGCGCCGUAUUAAUUCAGUUCAAGAACAAUCAACCAAGAGUUAUAAGCUAUGCCUCCAAAAGCUUGUCUGAAACAGAGAAAACCUAUCCACCGAUAGAAAAAGAAGCUCUAGGUAUAGUAUGGGCCGUUGAAAGAUUCAGAAUAUAUUUGAUGGGUAUUACGUUCGAGUUGGAAACCGAUCACCGUCCCUUGGAAACUUUAUUUUCGACGACCUCCAGGCCAACUGCAAGAAUAGAGCGAUGGUUGCUGCGUGUGCAAGCGUACAAGUUUAAGGUGGUAUACCGUAAAGGAUCUGCAAAUAUUGCCGAUGUUCUCUCUAGGCUAGCUUCUCACGUUGCUGACAAUCAGUGGGUCGAUGAGUCUGAGGUUUUCAUCAGAAGAGUUGUGGCAGCUGCGGUAGCUAGUUUAAGUGAAGGUUGUUGUCCGGAAACAUUCGAUUCUGAUACCGAAGCAAACAUCAGAGCAGUUCAAGAGUGUGCUGCCAUUGAUAUUUCAGAGGUUAUACAGGCUACCGGAGAGGAUCCAGAGAUGAGAAAGCUUAUAGAUUGUAUUUUAAAUGAAAGGUGGGAUCGAGAGGAAAUGAAGCAGUAUAACUUGUUUCGUAAUGAGAUGUCCUACGUCAACGAUCUGGUCAUGCGUGGGACUAAGUUAGUUAUACCAAAUGCUUUGCGACAGAGGAUGUGCCAGCUUGCCCAUGAAGGACACCCAGGGCAGUCUAUGAUGAAACGCAGACUGCGAGAAAGAUGUUGGUGGCCAGGCAUUGACCAUGAUGCGGUUAAGAUGUGUGAAACUUGUGAGGGUUGCAGAUUGGUACAAGCGUCUGAUCCUCCGGAACCUAUGCAACGCCGCCUUCUCCCUGAAAAACCAUGGGUAGAUAUCGCCAUCGAUUUUCUAGGGCCAAUGCCGACCGGAGAGUACAUCCUAGUGGUUAUCGACUAUUACAGUCGAUAUAUGGUAAUAGAAAUAAUGAACAAAAUAACAGCCCAAGAAACAAUUGGUAGGCUUAAGCGUAUUUUUCUCGUUUGGGGUCCUCCACGAACUAUCACACUUGACAAUGCGAAACAGUUUGUCUCCAAUGAAUUCGAGGAGUUUUGCAAAACAAAUGGAAUCCACUUGAACCACACUUCGCCAUACUGGCCACAGGCCAAUGGAGAAGUUGAACGGCAGAAUAGGUCCUUACUUAAGAGGAUGAAGAUUGCUAAUGCCCUUUACGGUAAUUGGAAAGCGGAUUUAGACCAUUACUUGCAGUUGUAUAACAACACUCCACAUACAAUCACAGGAAAAGCCCCAAGCGAACUGCUUCAGAACAGAAAACUAAGAUCAAAGCUACCACAACUGGAUGACUUAGAAACUACACCCCCAAGUUCGGAAUUCAGGGACAAGGAUCACGAAAUGAAGAUGAAAGGAAAGGAGAGGGAAGAUAAAAGGCGUCGGGCUAAAGCGAGCGAAAUACCCAAUACAAAAUCGAUUACAGGAUAUCUGUAA